ACAGGCGUGAAUAUGGCGUAGCUGUCAGACGCGCUAGAAAGGCAAUUAUUUACUGAUAUAAAGAUGUUUUCGUCGUAGUAAAUACUAGAUGUUAUUAUAUUUACCAAGUCAGUUAGUAGUGUGAUACUCUUUAUUUCAACUAGCUGCUAGUGUUUUGAGUAUUUCAAGCUGGAUGGAAGGUUUGCCGCUAGAAGAAAACAUAAAGGGGCGGGUCAUUCCUUGCUAGUUCCUACCUGACUAGCCAGUCUGCUAUCGUUAUAGCUUAUCUAACGUUACAGGCUAGUGACACAAACAGUUCUCCAGGUGAAGAGUCAAUUUGGACAAACACUAGCUAAUAAUAAUAAUUUUAGGACAUAGCUAAGACAUUUUAUAGUUAACGUCGUUAGAUCUGGCUAGUAACGUUAGAUGUGUAACAGUUAUUUCUUAACGCUAUUAUUGCGCUCUGUAAUUAUUUUAAACUUUCUGUAGCUAACGUUAGUUGUUUGUUUUCAUUUAGCUCGACUGUCAGCUAACGUUCGCUUAGCUAGACAACACCAACAAUGUCGGAUAACCAGAGCUGGAAUUCCUCGGGUUCCGAUGAAGAUUUGGAUACCGCGGAAUCGGGAGUAGGACAGCCUGUUGUUGGAAUCGCCGAGUACAGUGGAAUCCUCAGCAAGUGGACCAACUACAUCCACGGCUGGCAGGAUCGCUGGGUGGUUCUGAAGAACAACACUCUGAGCUACUACAAGUCUCAGGAUGAGAGAGAGUUUGGCUGCAGAGGGUCCCUAUGUCUCAGCAAGGCUGUCAUCACUCCCCUUGAAUUUGAUGAGUGCAGGCUUGACAUCAGUGUUAACGACAGUGUGUGGUACCUGAGAGCCAUAGACUCAGAACACAGACACCAGUGGAUCAACUCCAUCGAACUACACAGGGCUGAGUCUGGGUAUGGUUCAGAGUCCAGUCUGAGAAGACAUGGCUCUAUGGUGUCUCUCACGUCUGCUACCAGCGGCUACUCCACCACAUCCACCUCCUCCUUCAAGGGCCACAGCCUGAGGGAGAAGCUGGCAGAGAUGGAGACGUUCAGAGACAUCCUGUGCAGACAGGUGGACACGUUGCAGAAAUACUUUGACGGCUGCGCCGAUGCCGUCUCCAAGGACGAGCUGCAGAGAGACACAAUUGUGGAUGAUGAUGAGGAUGAUUUCCCCAACACUCGGUCAGAUGGAGAGUUCAUCCACAACAACAACGGCAGCAAGGAGAAGCUAUUCCAGUCUCUGAGCACUAAGGACAUCAAUGGGAUAGAUUUUAAGGGUGAAGCCAUCACGUUCAAGGCCACCACAGCUGGGAUCCUGGCCACCCUGUCCCACUGCAUCGACCUGAUGGUGAAGAGAGAGGACAGCUGGCAGAAGAGACUGGACAAGGAGCUGGAAAAGAGGAGGAGGAUAGAGGAGGGCUACAAGUCUGCUCUCUCUGAGAUCAAGAAGAAGUCUCACUUCAGAGGCCCUGAUUACGAGGAGGGGCCUAACAGCCUGAUCAAUGAGGAUGAGUUUUUUGAUGCAGUUGAAGCAGCUCUCGACAGACAAGAUAAGAUAGAGGAACAGUCUCACACUGAGAAGUUGAGGAUACAGAGGUCCAGUCCAGUUCCCCCAGGAGAUGUCUACUCCACCAGGGGAUCACACAGAUUUGCCGACAAGGUGGAGGAGAUGGUGCAGAAUCACAUGACCUACUCGCUGCAGGAUAUGGGCGGAGAUGCCAACUGGCAGCUGGUGGUGGAGGAAGGAGAGAUGAAGGUGUAUAGGAGAGAGGUAGAGGAGAACGGUAUCGUCCUGGACCCCCUGAAGGCCACUCACUCCGUAAAGGGAGUGACAGGACACGAGGUGUGCCACUAUUUCUGGGACACAGAUGUACGCAACGACUGGGAAACUACUAUUGAGAACUUCAACGUUGUGGAGACGUUAUCGGAAAAUGCUGUUAUCGUCUAUCAGACACACAAGAGGGUGUGGCCUGCCUCUCAGAGAGAUGUGCUCUACUUGUCUGCCAUGAGGAAGAUCCUGGCUAACAACGAGAACGACCCUGACACCUGGCUGGUCUGCAACUUCUCUGUGGACCACGACAACGCCAUGCCCACCAACAGGUGUGUCCGUGCCAAAAUAAACAUCGCCAUGAUCUGCCAGACCCUGGUAAGCCCACCAGAGGGCGACAGAGAGAUCAGCAGAGACAACAUCACCUGUAAAAUCACCUACGUCGCCAACGUGAACCCGGGAGGCUGGGCUCCUGCCUCAGUCCUGAGGGCCGUGGCCAAGAGGGAGUACCCCAAGUUCCUCAAACGUUUCACUGGCUACGUCCAGGAGAAAACAUCAGUGAAACCUAUUCUCUUCUGAGGUUCACAGGACUCACUACACCACUGUCCACACAAGACUGUUCCGAACAUAGCAUACCAUGACAACCCGAACAUAGCUAACCCUCAUGCUUGGUCUCUAGCUCGGUCUCCAGCUAGCUUCAAUGUAAGCCCUCGUGCGAGCUUCAAUGCUAAUUUCCCAUUCUACACCUCAUGCUAGUUCUUUAUAAUAGCUCGCUCCUCAUGCUAGUUUCCGAUGCUAGCUCCCACAUUAGCUAGCAUGCUAAUGCAGAAAGACCUAUGAGAAUAGCCUAAAUGUAAAAAAAAAUUAAAAAUCAUUUUCUGGCAGAGAUAUAUUGAUAUAAUAUAUAAAUGUAUGUGUUAAGAAAUUUAUAAGAAAGCAAUUUAAGACAUAAAGAAAAAACAUGGCUCUAUUUUAGUCCUGCUUUUUGUAGUUGUUAUUUUUUAAGAAAUGGAGUGUUCCUAUUUUGUGUUGAUUUUGCUUUUUAUAAUAAUCAGUGGUGUCACAGCUUACUCUCAUGCUGCUAAUUUUUCGAGUACGACAAAACAAUUUAGCCUCCUUUUUCCCCCCAGAAUGAACAUUGUGUUUGUAAAAAAACAUAAGUGUAGAGGGCUGUCAUUGAACUAUGAUCCCCAUGACAUAAGACUUGACCUUUUGGUCUUUGUCUCCCUGGUGAAAACACCACUUUGCUGGUGCUGAUGGAGGGACGAGACUAAAAGUUUAUUUUGUUUUCAAAUGUUGAAAAUGUAUUUGUUUCUUUAUUUUGGUGGUUGUACUUGAGUCAAAAGCUAGGUUUCCAUCCGAAUAUUCAGAAAUCUGCAUAAAGAAUGAGAAUUUUCCCACCAAACUGACUUGUUGAUAAAAAUCAGUGCGUGAUGACGUAGUACACACAAUAUGUACUUUUUCACUUAAGUUUUCAUGUACUGAAUAAAAAUCUAAAAUCCCAUGUCCUUCCAUCGCGUUUUGACACAGCUGUUGCCAUAAAUAGCAAAUGUGCCUACUCUUGUCUUGGCACGUGCCAACAACUCGCAGAUACAGUGCUGGUAGGCUAUUCUACAUGAGAUUAUUAUGGAUUAGAGCGAGAAUAUUUAUAUUUGUCAAGCAUCGAUCAUCAUGUCACCGGAAUAAGACCCUCUAUUUAUUGGAAAGGAGCAUCAAGCUCAUCACCGUGCACUUUCAUUACCCUUUAAAAUUCAUAAUUUAGCCUAUUUCCUCUGUAGCCUAAUAAACAGCAUGGUUUCCCGAGUCGUAGUGGGAGGUCCAAACACCAUAUCAUUGUGUGACUCUCAAUAUUAUGGUCAUAUCAAUAUUUGUGCAUAAACGCAUUUCCACCAUUUCACUCAUAAUUAAUUUUAGAAAGAUCCCAAAAUGUUGAACGAACAAAUUAUCUGUUUGCAUUUAAAACAAUUUACCGAAACUUAGUUUCCAGCACAGCUGUCGUGAUUUUUUUUCUCCAAAUACAAUAUGACUUCGCAUAAAAAGUGGUUGGAAACGUGGUUAGUGAUGACAUGCUGUAGCAGCACAAUUUAGAGUUGGGGUUUUAGAUAUCUUGAUUAUAACUGUAUAUAAUGUCAGCAACCAUUUCUGCUUCAGAACUGUUUUUUUUUAUGCCUGCAGAUGCUUUUUGUGACUGAAUCGACUACAUAUGCCUUAGACUGGGGGAGAUAACCCAGUACAUUUUGGGAUGGGGUAGGUGAGAGGGUGCUGAUAGACCGUACACCCAUAUGAAAUCACUAGAGAAGUGCCUAGGCCCGAGUUCCAAUACCUGAUUAUCCUCCUCUCUUCUCCCUUCAUUGAAAUAAUCAACCCUGAUAUGACUGAAUGGAAACCUGAAACUUGACUUUCACUUCUACAAUUGGGCUGAUGUUCGGUCAGUCAUUACUUCUAGAAAGGGAGGAAGGAAGCAGGCCCUUUCAAGGUAUUUAGACAGCUCCUAUGUUUUACAGAGGACAGAAGCUUUGUCUCCUGCUGGGCACUUCAGUGAAACAAUGACUGUCUCCACAGAGUGAAAACCGAAGUCUUUCAUUUCAGAUACCUAUUUAUAUGAAACUAAAGGGUUUGGGGGUUAAUGUCAAAUUCAUGUCAUACCUCUUAAUUGUGAUAUUGCAAUCAGCAGAAAUUGAUUUUCACAUAAAAUAUCCUUGGAGGAUGUGAACUGUAUGCUGGCUUUCAUUCCCCAACUGAUCAAGUGAUUUUUACUUUGUACGUUCACCAAUGUGCAAAGUCAUCCAAUAAUUGAUAGCACAAUUUAUGUAUAAAGCCAAGUGAAGAAAAACCUGGUUGGAAAGACAAUUCAAAGUCUGGUUUCCCAGACUCCGAUUAGCCCACUUCUGGACUAAAAAUGCAUGUUCUACAUUCAUAUGUCCUGGGAUAGGCACAAUGUGGGUCUGAGAAACUGCCCCAAUAGCUCUCCUAUGAAUUAAGUUGCACUGAAUGUAAAUAAAAGUAGUCAUGCAAAAUAUUUUGAGAUAGACUUAAAACCAUACUGUGAAAAUGUGGCACUUCUUUAGCUGUUUGGAAAGAAAAAUAAAAUUCAAA